AUGCCAAGCAUCAGUACAUACAAAUCGUCCACGAAACGACCGUCUAGUUUUUCCAGUAAGCAGCCACCAACAUCGACCAGCCACAUUUCAGCCAACAGUGUUGACGGCUCAUCACAGAAGAUGAAGUUGAAGCGACGCGUUCGUUCCCAAAAACGUGCCUGGAAAUGGCAUGUACCAAGAGGUGAAUCUUCCGAUGAGAACUGCUCCAAAUGCCAGUAUGUGAGUCGUCGUAUUGGAAUUGCUUGCGAUAAUGUGCAACCGUCAUCACAACUGUCUUCUGUUGGAAUUUGUGAAAAGCAUAUGCGAUUUGCGAGGCAACUAAAGCAACUUUUCGUUGCCGAACAGCAUCGCGCUGAUCAAGGUGACUUUAUUGCACCUCGUAUGGAUGAAGAUGGCAUGAUCAGUGUCAGGUGUUUAUGUGUGUAUUACAGUGAUGAUGACGAGACACUUGCAACGACAUCAGAAUGGCCGUGGUCAGAGGAGAACUUACUCUACGAUCCAAGUUCAGUUGACGAUCGUGUGAAUGUUGCUUUAAAUUCUGAAGCGAUCACUGAGAAGGAGCUGUUAUUGGGUCGUUUAGCGACACUGGAGAAUAGAUUGGCGGCCAUCAAAGAAUAUCGUGAGGUAUUGUUUGAGAGGCGAUCACGUUUUGAGGUGUUCCUACAAGAAAAGGUUGCCGAAGAGACUAAAAAAGGCAAGUUGGUUGCUGAAACAGCGAAAGAGAAGCGUUUAAUGCGUUUGUUACGUGCAUCAAAACGUUACGAUCAUUGGCUUACGUCAAAAAGUUCGAAAGCAAUGCGUUCACAAUUGCUGGCGCGUAUCAAACAAAACGAAGAACGCAACAAAAAAGUGGCUGAGAAGGAUGAGAGCACAACUGAAGAGCUGAUGGAGUCGAACACUUCGAAGUCGGAAGAACCAUUGGACUUUUUCGAUGUUUUUGAUGAUUCGACUGGUAACGACGACAGCGAGCAAAAACAGUCAACGCUUUGCUCAUUCGUUUAUGAGCAGGAGGAAGAGGAGAGUGGUGGUGGGGGCGUUGUAGGAGGAGAGAAUACGGAGGAGACAAACUCGAAACAAACUGAAAACGGAGAGCACAAAAAGGUCAAGCAGCGACAGUGCACAAAUCGAGCCAUACCUUAUUUGAACUACUGCAUAGGACAUGUAUUCGAGAAUGCAAAUCAGCAGAUGUUCGCGGCUUGUUUGGAGUGUGGUGCAGCGGCGUUGGAUUUCGAUGAUGGUGAACACUACUGCUUCGAGCAUCUUUAUCUGUCAUUUUCGUCGAGAUUAGACGAACUGGAAUUGGUUGGUGCAAACAGUGACUUCAUUCAGUAUGAAGAAGAGGGCAGUGCACCGGUCAAAUUCGUUCUUAUUGACGAUGAAGACGAGAAUGAAACUGGCAAAAACGAUAUGGCUACCAUCACUAAAAACUUCAACAGCACUAAAGGAGCAGGCUCUUCUGGUGGAUAUGCAAUGAAUCCCAACAUAUCAGUUCGUCGUGUCCCAAUGAUCGCUCGAAGGAGGGUGGAUGAGAAGAACUCGUCCUCUGCACGAACACGACCGUUCACGUCGCAAUACUUCAUCGAAUCAAAGGAAAAAUCCAAACAGUAA